AUGAGAUUGAGCGAUGUUUGCGUGGGAACACUGCUAGCAUCAGUGGUGUCUGGAGGAUCGAUCUCCAGACGUGACGUUUCAGAGGUUGGCGAGUCGAACAGAAAGCAUCUCGUGAUGUCGUUCGACAAGUUGCGAGGCAACGAUGCGACUGAUGCAUCGCAUGAGAAGCGCCAGUUAGGCCGUUUCGUGAAGCGGGACAAUGGCCAUGUCGAGGUCGAGAUUGACAACCAGCAGACUUUCUACUCGGUCGAUCUUUCGAUCGGGACUCCGUCGCAGAACGUUAGCGUUUUGGUCGACACCGGGUCGUCCGACUUGUGGGUUCCCGGGUCCGGGAACCCGUACUGUUCCAACUCCAAGGGCAAGAGACAAAACGCUGACUUCAUAUCGUCGCUUGCGGGCGAAUUUACCAGUCUAUUUGGAGGCGGUGGAGGCGGUGAUUUCACGUCUACCGUAAUCUUGUCCGGGUCUGGAAUUGGAGGCGGUGGUGGAACGUUCACCGAUUCAGACGUGCCAGACGCUUCCGGCACAGACCUACCCACAGGAACCCAGUCCGUCCCCUCGAGCGAGGCAACGUUGGACUGCUCCAAAUACCACACUUUCAACUCGGCAAAAUCGUCUACGUGGAAGUCCAACAAGACCAAAUUCUACAUCUCUUACGCAGACAACACUUUUGCCGAAGGUGUGUGGGGUAUCGAUAAGAUGCAUUUGGACGACGUCGACGUUAGCGGGUUGAGUUUCGCCGUAUCGAACCUCACAGACUCCCAGUUCGGUGUGCUAGGUAUUGGUUUGACUGGUUCAGAAUCCACUUACUCGGGCGCCCUGAGCCGUUCUGACCGUUACCAGUACGACAAUUUCCCGCUCGUCUUGAAGAGAAACGGCGUCAUCGACAAGACCGCAUACUCCGUCUUCUUGAACAAACUAGAAGCAAAAUCAGGCUCCAUCCUGUUCGGAGCCGUCGACCACAACAAAUAUUCCGGUACCUUGUACACCGUUCCCUUGGUAAAUUCCUUGAAGAGCAAGGGCUACGAUACCGUUAUUAGAUUGUCCGUCACUUUACAAGGUGUCGGGAUCACCACAUCGGAUUCCAAGACUACGAUCACCCAAACAAAAUACCCAGCUUUGCUAGAUACUGGUGCCACAUUCUGCUACUUCCCAGAAGACUUGGCAAGCGCUAUCGCAGAUAAAGUUAACGCAUCUUACGACUCAAAAAGUGGAUACUACCUCGUCGACUGUAACAGUGGCGAUGAUUACACCGUCGCAUUCGAUUUCGGUGGUUUCCACAUCAACUCUCCAUUGAGCGACUACAUGAUCUCCACCUCCGGAUCAUCAAAGACCUGUAUCAUGGGUAUUCUACCGCAGCAGGACAACGAAAUUUCCCUCGGUGAUGCCUUCUUGACAAGUGCAUAUGUCGUCUACGAUUUGGAAGACGAAGAAAUCUCUUUGGCACAGGCUAACUACAACUCAAACAGCGAAGAUAUCGAAGUCAUCAGCAGUGCCGUGCCAAGCGCCCAAAAGGCCCCAGGUUACUCUAGCACUUGGGUCAGCGCACAAUCUAUGUCGUCUGGCGGGAACAUAUUCACCACCCAGGACAACAGCAACAACUCUUCAACAACAACAACCGCUUCUUCCUCAGGUUUCAACUCUAACUCGGGCUCUGGUUCAGGAAGUGCAAGCGCUACUUCUACUACCAAGAGCGAUUCCUCCAAAAAUGGAAAAUCAAGCGGUGCCGCUGCAGGCCUGAAAUUACCCUCGAUCCCAGUCCUAAUUGCUCUAAUUCUAGGUCUGACCGUUCCUGCAUUAUUCUAA